UGUCAAGCCUGGUGUUCAAUCAUGAUAGUGUUUGCUUUUCCUCUGUUCCCUUCUGUGGACUCAAGGGUCAGUCCAGGCCGUCCCAGAGCACGUACUCCGUCUCCGCCCAUCACUUUUAUCCCGCUGCAGUUCGCCCAGACUUGUUUUGCACCACUGUGGAAGACUUCACUGGUGAGGAGAACUAGUACACGCGAGGAAAGUGAAGAUGACGCGCCGUGUGGCCAUCGUGGGAGCGGGUUCCUCGGGUCUGGCCUCCAUCAAGUGCUGUUUGGAUGAGGGACUGGAGCCGGUGUGCUUUGAGAGCAGUGAUGACAUCGGGGGACUGUGGAGGUACAAGGAGAACCCAGAGCCGGACAGGGCAAGCAUCUACCACUCUCUCAUCAUCAACACAUCCAAAGAGAUGAUGUCUUUCAGUGACUUUCCCAUUCCUGGGCACUAUCCCAACUUCAUGCACAACUCUUUUAUAAUGGACUACUUCCGGUUAUAUGCCAACCACUUCAACCUUCAUAAAUACAUCCGCCUCCAGACCAAAGUGUUGCACAUAAAACAGCGGUCAGACUUUUCCCGCUCAGGCCAAUGGGAGGUAGAGACCGAAAACAAAGAGGGCAAAAAGGAGAGACACAUUUUUGAUGCUGUAAUGAUCUGCAUUGGACACCACUGUCAGCCCAAUUUGCCUCUUCAUGACUUCCCAGGGAUUGAUACAUUUACUGGGAAGUAUUUUCACAGCCGAGACUACAAGACCCCUGAGGAUUGGAGGAAUAAGAGGGCUGUAGUGAUUGGAAUAGGAAACUCUGGAGGAGACAUUGCUGUGGAGUUGAGCCGAUUUGCAAAGCAGGUUUAUUUGAGCACUCGAAGAGGAUCUUGGAUUAUAAAUCGAGUUGGAGACCACGGCAUGCCUCUAGAUUUGCUUUUUAACAGAAUCCUACGUUUUAUCAGGCUCAUGCUCCCUUUUGGAUUGUACUGCACUCUGGGCGAAAACCGACUGAACCAAAGAUUCAACCAUAGUCUGUACAACCUCAAACCUAAACACAGACUGUUCAGUCAACAUCCCACGGUGAAUGAUGACCUGCCCAAUCGCAUUCUCUCCGGAACGGUCCAGGUCAAACCCAACAUACGCAGGUUUCACGGUGGCAGUGUUGAGUUUGAGGAUGGAAGUGUUGUGGAAAAUAUUGAUCUUGUGGUUUUUGCUACAGGCUAUAAGUUCUCCUAUCCAUUCCUUGCAUCCCAAGUUGUUUCAGUGUCCAAUAAUAAAGCGUCUCUGUUCAAGUAUGUGUUUCCACCUGAGUUGGACAGACCUACACUGGCCAUCAUUGGUCUAGUGCAGCCACUGGGUGCCAUCAUGCCCAUCUCUGAGAUGCAGGCCAGAUGGGCCACACGGGUUUUCAAAGGUCUCGUCAAGCUGCCUUCAACUUCUGUCAUGCAAAGAGACAUCAACUGCAAGGAGGAGGCAAUGGCUAAAAGGUAUGUCACCAGUCAGCGGCACACCAUCCAGGUUGACUACAUCGAUUACAUGGAUGAAAUUGCAAAGCAGUUCGGUGCAUAUCCAAACUUCUUAAAGUUGUUGGUGACCGACCCCACGCUCUGGUUUAAAGUAUUGUUCGGUCCUGCCUCUCCGUACCAGUACCGCCUGAGGGGACCAGGGAAAUGGGCAGGGGCACGGCAGGCCAUCUUGACCCAAUUGGAUAGAGUUGUUCAGCCCAUGCAGACCCGGCCGUGCACUGACCCUGACUCUGAAUCAAAGAGGGCAUGGUGGCCCCUCAUUUUGACAGUUGCUUUGGGAUGGGCUGUGUAUGUUAACUGGAGCAGCGUAUUACCUCUGCUGCAGGAUCCCAGUGCACUGUCUGACAAGAUAAAAUGUUUAUUAAUCAGAAAAUAAAAUACUUGACAUUGAUGCAUGCCAGUUUUACAUGGGGUAUAUAGACUGCUGACUUUUCAUCCUACAACAUUAGCAACAAAUUUAGAUAUGCAUACUGAUAUAUGAUUACCAAACUUGGGCUACAAUAUAUCCACUACUGGUGCAUGUGUAGGCUUUUAGCAGAUGUGAUUUUGUUUGGAAAACUACAGUAAAUAUGGAUUUGUCAAUUAAGCCUGGUCUGAAAUAAAUACUCAAUUGAACAAAA